AUGUCCUCCUCAACAAAUGGGACUGAAUCACUCGAUCCAGGUGGAGGAAAUGAAAUAUCGAGAAAAUGGAUGAUUGAUUCGUCUCUUCUUGAUGAUACACAACAGCCAACGGUCUUUGAUCUAUCCGAACAAAAUGAGCAAGACUUUGGAGAUCUUCUUCCGCCAUCCGUUGUGGAGAUUCUCUCACAAACGAAUUACUUCGGUUUACUUCUUGUCUUCAUUCCGAUCAUUACGAUUCUCGGGAAUCUUCUCGUCAUUGUCUCAGUGCUUCGAUUUCGGGCCCUGCACAGUGCGAUCAAUUUUCUGAUUCUCGGCCUUGCGGUAGCUGAUCUUCUGGUGGCACUUUUUGUGAUGCCCUACGCUGUUUAUGUACAUGUACAAAACGGUGAAUGGUUUCUGGGAAAUUUGAUGUGUGAUAUUUACAUGGCGAGUGAUGUCGCCUGUUCAACUGCCAGCAUUCUACUCUUGGCUGUCAUUUCUUUUGAUAGGUAUCGAGCCGUUUCUCGUCCAAUUCAAUAUUCACGACAAGCGCAAAACAUCAAAAGAGUUUUUGUGAUAUUGGGCAUUAUUUGGAUGAUCUCUGUGCUGGUGGCAAGUCCAAUGGUUUUGGGCAUGAACACUCGGCCGGCAAAUGCGAAUCCAUUGGAGUGUCGGUUUUACAAUGCGGCUUUUUCAAUAGGUUCUUCAAUCAUUUCCUUUGUAAUUCCUUGUGUUCUCGUGCUUUUCGUCUACAUUCGAAUCAUGUUAGCGUUAAAGAAAAGAGAAAAAGCGGCAAAAAUGAGACGGAUAAGUCAACUGCAACAACACUCGACAACAAGUUCUGUACGACAAACUGGUAGUGGUGAAGAAGAGGAAGCGGGAAGAAUUGUUGCGGGACCAGCAGUGAACGUGAUGAUGUUGGCUCUUCCAUCGAUGUCACGUCGAAUGAGACGAUACGAGAGACACCAAAAAGCAAUUCAACAAGCAGGUCGUUCAAAUCGAUUGCGGAGUAGAGAUUCGCGAAGAAAAGGAGCGAGGAGAAGAUCCUCAUCGAGAAGAUUUGACGAUGAUGAUGAUGUGAUGGAUGAGAUUGAAAUGGAAUUAUUAGAGGGGGAAACACGAGACGAUCAGCUAUGGCACACGAGAGAGUCUCUUUGUGCCCCGAUUCCCCCUCAACCACCGCUCUCAAUUCAUCUCUCAUCCACAGCAACAGCUCCUUUGCCACUCGUCGCUCUACCUUCACUCCUAAAUGAAAGAGAUAUUGUCGGUCAACAAGAAAGAACGUCAUCAACUCCUCGGUCAUCCGUUGAUUCCCUUGAUGAAGAUAAUCAUGUUGUGACGAAUGAUUUUGUGUCUGAUGUUUAUACAAAUAUUUCAAGACAUUCUUCGGAUUUCCACGACUCAUCGGGCACACAAUCGGGUGAAUCGGCCGAGAAAAAAGCUCGUCGAUCACCGAGAAGAUUUCAAAAUUUGGCGCGAAACUAUUCGAUAAAAAUGAGGCGAAAAUCUGUCUCCGAAGACGGACUCAAUUCAACGAAAAGGCAAAUGGCUGGAUCGUUUUCGUUAUCAUCAAAGAGUGAGCUGAUCCCAUCAAUUAUUCGACAACUCUCAAUGAGAAGUCCGAGGAUAUUUCGAAGUUCGAAGUUGGCCUCGAAAAACUCACCGGUUGUCCUCUCAAAUCCCUCAGCUACAACAAAAUCUGAAGGAAAUGGAAUGGAAAAACUCGAUUCACAUCAAAUUUCGACAUCUGAUUCUGAGCCAUUAACAGGAAAUAAUAAAGUGAAACCAGCUCCUCUAUCAGAAGGCGUUCAGAAUACCUCUUUCUCGAGAUCGACAACUGUCAAUAGUGAACUUCUUGGAUCACCUGAACCCCUUGAUGAAGCCGUGAAAAGCCCAUUCAUUAUCGAGAAUCAAACAGCACUCAACAAGGAUGUGAGCACUUCGGAUGAAAGUCAGCCAACAGUGACCUUUUCGAUGACAGUUCGUGCAAAAGCCGCUUCACCGAGUCAACCUGAAGAAGAUACUCGAUUAAAAGAAUGCUACGAUGAAAGACGACGAAGAAGUGAGGAUAUUGUGCGGAUAUUGACAAGAAAUGUUCAACAAGACAAGAAAGGACAUCCGCCACAAUUGCCUCGUUUGGAUUCAAUGUUGAGUGCAUCAGAUAAAAGUCGAAGUCGGAAUAACUCGCUGAAAUCGAUCGAUUCGAGGAAUCAAUCUGUAAAAAAGAAAAGCAACGGCGGUUUGGCACAGCGAUUGGUGAAAAGAACGAUCAAACAUGAACAAAGUUUGAAGAGAAAAGUGUCGAAGAAUCAACGUAAAGAGAAAAGAGCCACGAAAACUUUGGGAAUCGUCGUGGGGAUUUUUUUGAUUUGUUGGGUUCCCUUCUUCACAAUCAAUAUUCUCAACGCAAUCUGUGAUGUUCUCAACAAACAAUCGUGUCAGGUCGGCUUUGGUCCAUUUUUCUAUUCGACAUGGGUUGGCUAUAUGAAUUCAUUCAUGAAUCCGAUUAUCUACACAAUUUUCAAUACCGAAUUUCGACGAGCUUUUAAAUCGCUAAUUUUUGGGCGAAAUUCUCGACACGCCUUUCAUCAGCGAGGACAAAGAGGAGCGAAUGUU